UUGAAAGACAAAAGCGUCUAGUGCACUGAUCCCGAUUACCGUAAAGGACAGUUGGUGAUUUAUGAUGACAAAGUGGAACCCGAAACUCUUUUGACGCUUAUACCCCGCCUAACUUCGACUUGACAUUUCACACUUCAGGAUUUAACGGUGAAGACACACUGACAUCCAAAAUUUCAGCAGAGACAAUGAACGGUACCAGCACUGGGAACUCGACUGACGUGUGCGUUAAUAUCGAUGACAGUGUUAUCAGCGACCUUCUGAUGAGCGUCUACAUCCUAGCCUUCAUCUUUGGCUUGAUCUUUAACGUCCUCACCCUGGGCCCCAUUUUGCAACAAGUGCGCAGGCAAAACGUGCUGGGCAUCUUCCUGCUCAGCCUGUUGUUUUCUGACAUCCUUUUCAUCUUCACCAUGCCCCUCUGGAUCAACUACUACCACCAGAACCACCAUUGGAAGCUGAGCGUCAUGUCGUGCAGCGUUGCCGGGUUCUUCUACUACUCCAACAUGUACAUCAGCAUCUACCUGCUUUGUUGCAUCUCUGUCGACCGCUGCUUGGUGGUCACGUACCCUCUUCGUUCCAAAACCCACCGAACGUUGUGCUGCACCUGGGUGCAGUGUAUUUGCGUCUACGUGGCCGUCAUGGUGUUACACAUCAUGGUUCUGUUCAAUGACAACCUGCCCGACGCCCACGACAGCCGAGACGACCGCUGUUAUGAGACCUACCCGAUGGAAAGUCCGGUGGCUUUGUUCAACCUGCUCCGGGUGGGCAUUGGUUUUUUGCUCCCCCUUUUGGUGCUGGUGGUCAGCUACUGGAGGGUGCUGACCACAGUGGGCCGCAGUCCAGGCCUGAGCGCCCAACUCAAGAAGAAGGUCCGCAUGUUGUCUUUCGGUGUAAUCGGGAUCUUCUCCGUUUGCUUUGCGCCAUACCACGUCCUGUUGCUGGUGCGCUCGCUCAUCUUCUACUGGAGUAACGACACGCAGCCUGAUGGCAGUUACUGCAAGUUUGAGCAGAAGAUGCAUUUCGCCUUCUCGUGCACGCUGGCCCUGUCCAGCCUCAACUCCGUGGUGGACCCCGUGCUCUACGUGCUGGUCAGCAAUGGCAUUCGGGAGGAAGUCAAAGUCUGCUGCAAAAGGUCUAAAAGGGAAGAGAUAGACGAGAGCGCUCUCUCCAGACGUAACACGGCAAAGUUGAAUCAUAACUUAUUAUAAACUGUCUCGUUGGUAUUCUAUGCAACUCUCCCAGAUAAAAUCAUCGGAUCUUUUGAGAGUGUCACAUUAACAUAUUCAUUAUCUUCCACGUAUCCUGCUCGGAGUAGGUGGGGUUCAUGAAGCUACGUUCAUGCAAAAAUUACUUGUAGGUGGCACAGUGGAAAAGUGGCUAGCAUGUCGGGCUCAAAGGGUUUAAACCCUGAUUGGUGCUGGACUUCCUUGACCUCCGUUCGCCAUCCAGUCUCUAUAAGUUAAGGUGACAAUAAGGACACUUUUUCAUUUCCUAUCUAUUAUUGGUAUUGUAGUUUUUAAUCAUUUAUUUCAGAACUUGUGCAGCACAACACGGCUACUGGCCGCCGUAGCCGACGCCAACAACAACAGAACAUGAAAAAAGAAAGUAAAAACUUCUGAUUCUUCUGGACCUGUCAGUCAUAUGUUGCAUUCAUGAACAGCCGGCAAAACACAACCACGUUAGAACCAGAUUCUUCACAUUAUUAUAUUUUUAUUAUUAUGAUUUGUAUUUAUAAUUUAUUUGUUUUGCUAUGUGUAACUGCUAUUUGUAAUUGUAUCUGCAAUAUUUAUGAAGAAUUUGGCAUUAGUUUUUGGGCUGUGGAACGAAUUAAUUGAAUUAUUAUGCAUUCUUAUGGGAAAAUCCCUUUCGGCAUAUGACCAUUUCGACUUCCAAACCAGGUCCUGGAAUAUGUAGAAGUACCACUGUACUCUGUGUCCUCCCAUAUCCGCAAAAACAUGCACCAUAGUCUGGUUGAACUCUCUGAAUUGCAUGGGUGUGUGCUUGAAUUAUUGUCUGUCUACUUGUGCCCAGCGAUUGGCUGCCAACCAAUUCAGGGUUUACCCUGCCUAUUGCCCAGAGUGAGCUGGGAUAGGCUGCAGCACCCCUGCACCCUUCGUGAGGAUAAGCGUCAUGGAAAAUGAAUAACUGAAAAUAUUGCUUAUCAUUUGAGUGCUAGAUGGCUUCUCAAACUUUUUGUUUCCAGAGAUCAUUUCUGGAGUGACGUUUUUUACAAAACCGAAGGCUCCGAAAGUACAAUUGGUUACCAUUUGCCUCCUGGCUACUGUUGAGGUGCCCUUGAGGAAAGCAUAAUCCCAACCGUCCUAUCUAGGGCAGUGCACGACUGUCUGCAUAUGAGGUGGCAUGAAAAAGUAUCUGAACCUUUUGGAAUUUCUCACAUUUCUGCCUAAAAUCACCUUCAAAUGUGAUCUGAUCUUUAUCAAAAUCACACAGAUGAAAAAAACUGUCUGCUUUAACUAAAUCCACCCAAACAUUUAUAGGUUUUCAUAUUUAAAUCAGGAUAGUAUGCAAACAAUGACAGAAGGGGAAAAUAAGUAAGUGAACCAUCACAUUUAAUAUUUUGUUCCCUCCCAACCAGACGCUUCCUGUAGCUGCAGAUCAUUCUGGCACAUCGAUCAGGACUAAUCUUGGCCCAUUCUUCUCUACAAAACUGCUGUACUUCAAUCAGAUUCCUGGGAUGUCUGGCAUGAAUCGCUGUCUUUAGGUCAUGCCACAGCAUCUCAAUGGGGUUCAAGUCUGGACUUUGACCUGGCCACUCCAGAACGUGUAUUUUGUUCUUCUGAACCCAUUCUGAAGUUAAUUUACUUCUGUGUUUUGGAUCAUUGUCUUGUUGCAGCAUCCAUCCUCUUUUUAGUUUCAACUGUCUGACAGACGGCCUCAGAUUUUCCUCCGAAACAUCCUGAUAAACUUUUGAUUUCAUUCUUCCAUUAAUGAUUGCAAGUUGUCCAGGCCCUGAGGCAGCAAAACAGCCCCAAAUCAUGAUGCUUACGCCACCAUAUUUCACAGUGGGGAUGAAGUGUUGAUGUUAGUGAGCUGUUGCAUUUUUCCUCCACACAAGACAUUGUGUGUUACUCCCAAACAAUUCAACUUUGGUUUCAUCAGUCCACAAAAUAUUUUGUCCAAGUGCCUUUUUGUGAACAUUAAAUGAGCAACAAUGUUUUUUUUUUCCAGACAGAAGUGGCUUCCUCUGGGGAGUCCUCUCAUGAACACCAUUCCUGGCCAUAGUUUUACAUAUAGUUGAUGUGUGCACAGAGAUAUUGGACUGUUCCAGUAAUUUUUAUAAGUCUUUAGCAGACACUCUAGGGUUCUUUUUUAACCUCUCUGAGUAUUCUGCGAUGAACUCUUAGCGUCAUCUUUGGUGGACAGCCACUCCUUGGGAGAGAAGCAACAGUGCCAAACUCUCCAUUUGUAGACAACGUCUCUGACUGUUGUUUGAUGAACAUUCAGACUUUUAGAAAUGGUUUUGUAUCCUUUCCCAGCUUUAUACAAAUCAACAAUCCUUGAUCACAGGUCUUCAGACAGCUCUUUUGACUGAGCCAUGAUGAACAACAGACAAUGCUUCUCAUCAAGACAAUUCUUACCAGGUGUGUGUUUUUAGUUGGCAGGGCAGCUUUAAACCACUAUCAGUGAUUGGGGACACACCUGACUUAAAUUGUUAGGUAAAAAUGGGUUUCAAUUGAUCUUUAAGUCUCCUUACGCAGAGGGUUCACGUACUUAUUUUUCCCCAUUCUGUAAUUGUUUGCAUGCUAUCCUCCUUAAAAUAUGAAAACCUAUAAAUGUUUGGGUGGUCUUAGUUAAAACAGACACUGUUUUUACAUCUGUGUGAUUUUGAGAAAGAUCAGAUCACAUUUGAUGGCGAUUUUAUUCAGAAAUAUGAGAAAUUCCAAAACGUUCAGAUAAUUUUUCAUACCACCGUAUAAUGCCUGAAAUAAUCAUAAUCCCCACAAAUAAUGAACAGGAAAUUCGUUUUUUGUCAAUUUGAAAGCUUUAUGUGGUCCUGAAACAUAAUAAACAUUUGGAACAUGUUUUAAAAGAUUAAUUUGUAUAUAUAGAUAUGUUUCUCUUUACAUGCAGUUACAAAUACAGCAUAAUUAAAGUGAGAUUAAACGUAAUAAAGUUUUCCACAAUUUUUUUUUUUUUUACUGCAAUGAGGUACAGAAAUGCUUGUCCUAAAUGCACUUAAGGAGCACUUUGAACUUUUUUUUGUUCUAUGUUAGGCUACGUAUUUAUUUCCAUAUCAAUAAAAAGUCAAUGUUUGCGUUUUCAAAAUAUAUUCCAUUUCA